GCUAGUGGGUGAUAAGUGAUAACGACGAACAACGUUUUAGACGGCAUUUGAAAUCCAUUUGAAAAGUGUAGUCAAACUCGUUUGAUGCAAUUGCAUUGUGCAACGUAUCAUCCCUAUAUUGCACUUAUGAGAUAAGCCGCUUAUGAAGAGGGGAAUUGCAGUUAAAAAAAAAAAUUGUACAGUUGGAGAGUUGUAAGUCUGAGUGAAAUCUAGUUGUUGCAUUUCGUGUCGAGCGGCGGCCUCAAAUGCAUUUCUGUGUUAAACUAUGACCAAUCCGAAAAUAAGAAAAUCCAAUAAAAAAUCAACAGCCGUAGUAAAUGUGCAACAUCAGCAAAAUGAAGAUGGAACUGUAUUGGUGAAUGCGCUGAACGAUUCUGGUGAUGGCGUGGAACUGAAUUUGGAUGAUUACUCUAUUGAGCCUACCUCAAAUUCUGAAGAUGUGGAAGAGGAAGAAGAUGAAGCUAACUCUUGCUCUUCCUUCAGCCUACAGGAGUGCAUUAAUGAGUUUCGUGCACGCCGUAUUCGCCGCUUAUCCACCCAAAGCCGCGAAGUAGCUCAAACAGAAGAACUGGCUAGUGGCUUUGCGACCGAAAGAUGUGAAAAGAAAGCGUUACCUGAUCCAGCUGACGCAGAUUUAAUCAGUCAAAAUCGUUCCAAUAAGGAGCAGGAACGCAAGUGCAAGCCAUGUCGCAAUGGUUUUUGUUAUUGUUUCACCAGCGACAGUGGGGAGGGUGGCGGUGUGUGCGCAGCAGCGGGUACACGUGCCGAACACGUGCGUCAGCUCAGGCGUCACAGGCGCUCUGAGUGCAAUGAACUUAGUACAGUUCUCCCGAAAACCUACGUUAAUCCAGCUGACCACAGAGAUGUUCGACGCGAGAGCUUGUCUGGUAACUUCAAAAUACCAGCUGAACCAAUGACACAAGCCUCACCACAAAAGCAUAAACAAGAUAAAAUAAAACGCAAAACAACCACAGAGGCUACUACUAACGCAAACGAGCUAACGGCGAUAAGUCGUUUAGAGACUAGUGCAGCCGAUGCACCUUUGAUACAUAUUAUCCAAGAGUUGCACAAUAACUGUGUAAUUUCUGAAGUGCGUGUAAACAAGCACAAAUUGCAAACUAAUAGCCAAACUGUUGAAAACUCGAAUGUUGGACAAGCGUUCAAAUUAUCACCACAAAAACAAACAAAACCACAUUCCACACGCCUCGUACAUGAGCCCACUGCACCACCCUUAGAAAGUUUUACUUUAGCUAAAAAGCAAGCACAAAGUAAGCGAGACACAUUUCAUGGGCCAGUACUAGAUAAAAUCAGUGAAUUGGAUUCACUUUCCGAUGCUUUCACAUUCUCCACACCACUUACUAGCAGUUCAAAGCACACUGAUAGUGGGCGUCGUAGACAUAAAGCAGGCGGACGUUUACUACAAAAGCGUUUAAGUUUAUCGUCGGUGCACUCUAAGCCCAGACGGUCACUGCAAGCACCGCCCAAACCACCACGGAGCUAUAUGUGCGUUGAAGAAACAUCUGCAGUAUCUUCCUUGAGCUCUACGUCGCCGUCACUGCGUGAAGCAGAGCGUAUACUUGACGAAUUCUUGAUCAGAAAAGGUGCGAUGGUGAGAGAAGCUGAGAAAAAGGCAGCAAAGGGCGCGGAAAAGGUGAAUAAAGCGGCUCAGGUUGAUAUGAAGAAAAUGGUGUAUGCCACAGAGAGAAGGCGCGAACAGCGCAAAUCUUGCCCGUCGAGCUUCACCGCAGAAAAGUCGCGGCGGCAGCAUAUACUGCCAUCUUGUCCCUCACUUAGCGACCUCGAACGCUCCGCCGUUGAUUCGAACAAAAAGUAUAGCAAUUAUGAGAAAAACAUACGUCAGAUAGCUGAAAAGCCAGUAAAAGAACUCAGUUUCGGUUGGAAAGAGCCAAAAAUCACAGAUAUGCUUAAUUGUAACACAACCACUAAGGAACGCCAAUUCAGAUCUCAAGCUGUACAGGCUGAGCCACAACAAGCUGUUGGCUGGCAAAUACCACCGAAAGUUAAUCUGGACACAGUCGAUGGUGUAUGUUCCAAUUUGGCUGCUAAUAUCUCAACUAAAAGCACACCUGUCAAGUCAACGCCCAUGUCAACGCCAAAGAAUACGCGUGAAUCUCAAAAGUUCAUUUGGAGUGAGCAAUGGCGUAACAUCUCACCAUGGUGCAAUAAACAAACGAAAAGUGGAGAUCGAGCUUUGAAAAGUAAUUUAAAAUCUUCAUCGCGUACGCUUCUAAGUAGUUCGAAGAAAAAAAUUCUUCGUUUAGUCACUCCCAAGCGGGAUAACAUACAGCGCCGAAGAAACUAUUCAUCGCACAGCAUUGGUAUUCAAACGUCUCAGGACGAAUUGCAGCCAUACGAGCCAAGCAUGACGCCCCAAUCACCACCAGGAAGCUAUCAUUCCGCUGUACAAACUUCAACGCAGACUACUACACCGAGUUGCUCGCAAAAUACAAAUGAAACUGAGCCACGAAACUUUGAUUUUUCGCGCACAGUUCAUCCACCGCCCAAAAAGGCUCCACGCGCUGCCUCACAACGAAAGCUAAAUUUUCCUCUCCGCGGUUGUGCGGAAAGUAGCUGCCUUUCGUGUGAACAAGGCACGCUUAGUACAUCCAUGAAGACGAAAACAUAUCGCUCAUACCAUGGCGAUUUGGAUCAAGAUGUAACAAUGUCGAAGCUUGGCUACAUACUCGGAAAUAUACGCGCGAAGUUGGAGGCUAGUGAUGAUCAUGCGGUCAGAACAUUUCAGGAAAUUGAACGCCGUGAGCAGCGCGCCGCCGGUUUCGAUUGCACCGAUGGGCAUAUUCUACGUCGGCAAAUGCGUGUGGGCGUGGAAAGAAGUGAACAGAGCGCCAAUCAACAGGAACCUAUUUACUCUGAAAUUGAAGAAGACAGCAUACAUAUCACGGGCACGCCACAUUAUGACAAUAAAACAAGCGCUAAGGAAAUAGUAACAAGCAGACCGGAUGUGGAAGUGUUGUAUGCCAAAGUCAAUAAGGCCAAUAAAAAGCUGAAGCCACAAGCUAUGCAUACAACUCCAAUGCCAUUAGGAAAGCUAUUACAUGACUCGCUGAAAAAUUCAGAUAUAUCCCCGUUUACAGUACAACUGCCAACGCUGCAGGAGCAAUCUGGCAGUGAUACAUCCUACAUGUCGCCUCCGCAAGCGCAUGUGUGUGCGACAGCCACUUCAACAACACUAUCACAUUGCCGUUCACUGAAUAAUGUGCGCAUGCAGGAGCAGCAUUCUCCGCCAAAGCGAGAUCGUAACCUAAAUAAAUCCGAUCUGUCGCUGCAUCGUAGUGAGAUAUUUUUAGACAACCUGUGUCGAAGUGAGCUCGUACCGGAAAAUGGUGAACUGGAGCGGGUUGAGAAAAUGAAUAAUAAUGAUUUAAACAAAUCCUACGGUUCCCUACGUACCGAUUCUAUGGGCCAAAUAAAUACAUAUCGGCACUUCUCUACAUCCACGCCUACUCCAAACGAUUCAAUAUCCUAUGAUACGCCAAAUGACGCAGACUUUGAUAACAUUUCUCAGGCAGAUAUUAGCCAAUCAGGCUUAAGUUUGGCUAACGAAUCGAUGACAUCUGGUGCUCCAAACACACCGAAAAAGCAGAAUGCACCCAAAUUUGUAACUAAGUCACACCUAAGCAAACAACGAUUGUCUAAUCUCAAUCCAUCGACCGAUAUCUUCUCAUCGCCUUCAUCUUGCCAUCAGCCAAGUACCAGUUGCCCUGCUACACCACGAAAAGCUCAAUCAGAUUAUCCAACAGAUCUACCACACACCUCCAGUCUCAAUGAAGUACACCAAGCCGACACUGGAGAUCAAUUCCAACAAGAGCAACUUUCAACACCUAGCGGCAGUUUUAAUGGUCAAGUUCAACGUUCUACAAUCGGCCACAGUUGCAUUAAAACACCUUCCAGCAAUUUAAACAUUCCCUCUUAUAAGCGUUUAAAAAAUGUUUUGCGCAACUCGUUUAAGCGCAGCACGAACUUCGUUAAAAACGAGACACGUCGUCUAUCCAGUUCUUUUAGCUUUCCCUCGUCACAUAUAAGCUUGUCGAAGAGCAUAAAUACGCACAAUCAAACCGACCCAAACCUGCAUGCUGCCACGUCCACAUACGAUUUGGAUGCAUUGUUCGCAUUGGACGAAAAAGCGCCAGUAACGCAGCAAUUAGCGCAAGCGGUAACUAUUUGUCGACAACUACCGGAAGUAGAAAUUUCACCUGAAAUGGUGGAAGCUGAACGUUUACUGCUUUUUUCGCGCCUACGUGGUGACGUGUGGCCUCAGCAUGGUCGGCUGAUUUCAGCACGUGCUUGCGGACAACACACACAUCGUUUUUAUGUGGAUAGCAUGCGUUUGCCCAUAAAAGUCGAUGUUAAUCAAGAUUUCUUCUUCAACUAUUUCUAUAUAGUGACUUUCGAGUGUGGUGGUGUAAUAAAGUCCACACAAUCGGCGGAGUGCCACAACGGACAGGCAAUAUUUAGUGAUUGCGGCAUUGAAUUUGUAGGCGGUUUGGGGAAGGAGGAUAGCGAGGUGCGCUGUAAAAUAUUUAUGUUGCGGUUGCGCAAAGUAUCUACACUAUCGCUGGAACCCAAGCGGCCCAUAGUUAAAAUACCUGCUUUACGCACACCUGGCGGCUCAUCGACAUCAUCUUCGGGCGAUGAAAUCGUUUCACGUUUUCGCCUACAUGCCAGCUUUUCACUUCAUGCCCGCAAUUUUGUGCCGUACGAGUACGUAGAAUGCGAAUCCAAGAACACAGAUAAACUUUGCUUGCGAGCCAGCGCCAAAAAUUGUCAAUUACCACUAACACCGUGUACACAAUCUACAAAUCUCAGUGCUGCAAUUCAAAUAAGUGGCCGCACGGAAGUUCGCCUGCCUAAACAUACGCAUAGUGGUUUUCUAAAUGUGCAAGAUCCUCAUACGCUUCACAAUUGGAAUCGACGUUGGUGUACAUUGGAUGGUAUCUUCGUACACGUGUGGACAGAUGAAAAUCAAAUGGAUGAAAAAUUGCUACUAUCUUUGGAUAUGCGCUCGAAUGUGCAGUCAACGCCACUGCAAAUGGCCCCGCGGGAAUUGUGUGCACGUGCACGCGCUUUUUGUUUGCAGUGCUCGCUACAAAAGGCCGGAGAGGAAGUGGAUACAGCGGCAGUAUUUUUUGCAGCAGAUACACAGGAGGAACUGGAGGUGUGGUUGAAGCAGCUAAAUGCAGUGCUAGAAUUUAUUGAAAAGUGGUUGCAUGCUAAGAGCGGCGAUGAAGAAUAUUAGUGUGGGACUUUUCUUUCUUCUCUCGCACAAAUUUUCUUAUGGAAUUUCAUAUGCCUUAUAUUUGAUAGCUGUAUUUAUUUUUUUUGUAAUUCCUACUAAUACAUAGUUUUAUACAAAUUUGGUCGGUUUAUAUAUAUGUAUGUAUGUAAGUGCUUAUGAUACUUACACAUUUAGGAUAGAUAUAUGUUUUUAAUAAAUUAAUAUUUACUUAUAAAAAUAAGUCGUUGUCAGCCGAUACAUUAAUCUUUGCUUGUUUAUAGAAAAUCUCGUAGAAACUUGUCAGCAUAAUUUGAAGCAACUGUAUAGUUUUUUAAAUAGCGAAAAAAUUCUGUGCGGUGGUGUAAUCCAAAACCUAAGAUUUCAAUAGUCCACCUUUUUUCCCCAAGUAGAGAUAAAAGUAAAAAAUCAGCUCCAUUCAGUGGGGUAGAUGACAAUUUU